ACAGCAAAAGAAAAAUCUUUUUGCGUUAUUUGAGUUUUCUGGAGGUAGAAGGGAAAAAGUGUGUACAGCAGUGACGACAAUUAUCUGAACAAAAAGAGACAAGUUUAAAAAAUGCCAUAUUCUUCUUCACGUUAUUCUGACGAGGAACAACAAAAGCCAGUGACCAAAAAACCUACGAUUAAACUAAAACUCAAAUUAAACCCAUACCCUUCGGCAUCUGUUUCUUCGACUUCUAGUCGCUCAGCAGCAGUAGCAGCAGCAUCAACAUCCACAGCUGAGGAAGAAAGGAAAACUAAAAAAAGACAUAAAAAGAAACAUAAGAACAGCAAACACCAUAAACGACCAAGAUUGGAAGAUCACCAGCAUUUGGUUGAUAAUGAAGAUGACCCAAACGGAGGCGACGAUGAAGAUUAUGCAGACAGUUUCUCAUUUGACCGUAGCAGUCGGUUUUCGACCAUGUCAAGAAGCAAUCAUAGCUUUAGCAGUGGAAAUAGAAAAGCUUCUCAGCAUAAGCAAAAGCAAUCAGGGAAAACCUCCAUAACUGUAGAAGCGGAUUCCUUCUCAGACGUUGAAUCAGUCGACGAUAGCUUUAUUGACGAUGACAAUGAUAAUGAUCGCUAUUAUGAGCUCCAAACAACUGAAACAGAUAACUAUUAUCAUCCUACCGAUACCAAACGAUCAUCAACAAUAAUAUCGAAAGCAUCACGUAAAAACAGUUUCGUUUCUACUUCUUCGGUUACAACUGCGGAACGCAUUGUUGAACAAAAAAAACCUCUUGGCAGACCUCCUAAAAGUCAGCAUCAGCAACGGCGUUCGUCUUCUUUAAAAGGAAAUGGUACAACAGAAAAGCCAAAAAAAAGAGGUCGACCGACAAACAAAGCUAAGGCUGCAGCUCAGGCUGCAAUGUCUCAUAUGGCUGCCAAAUCCAAUAAUGUAGAUGGACCACAAAGAAAAGACGUAAAAGCUAUCUUGUUAAAGCUAUUGGAUAACAUACAAAAACGAGAUGCUUAUGGCUUCUUCUUGGAGCCUGUCGACCCUAAAUACGUUCCAGAUUACUUGAAAAUUAUCAAACAUCCAAUGGACUUUUCUACCAUGCGUAAGAAAAUUGAAAAUGGAGAAUAUGGUGAUUCCGUAGAUGGAUUUCGUCUUGAUUUCAAGUUGAUUAUAACGAAUGCAAAGACUUACAAUGCUGUAGACACUAUUUAUUGGAAGAGUGCAGAUAAAAUUUACGAUGUUGGGUUAAGAUUGAUUGAUCGUGCUGAUAAGCAAAUUGAAGAAGAUAGGCUUCAUGCAGAACUUAUUGCUGCUCAACAAGAAGCGGAAGCACAACAACCAUUUACUAGCUCAUCACCUGUAUCUACACCUUCCAACUUUUCAACCCUGGAUGAUACGUCUUUUAUGUUGGGUGGCAUAGCAGCUUCAGAUAAUAGAAAGCUAUCCAUUUCUUUUAGCGGCCGUAAAGAUUCUUUAAAUAAUAGAGAUGAAGAUGUAGAUAUCAUGAGUAUUGAUUCUACGAUACCCACUUUACGCAAACAAAGCAGACAAGGUUCUGAAAUUAGAGAGUCGAGUGUAGACCUGUCGAAUUCACGCGCUAUGACACCGAUACAAUCUCUUUCGGGAGGUAUUGGUGGAGCUUCGAUACCUUACAAAAAGAAAAAGAAGAAAGCUGCAGAUGCAGGCGUUAUUUACGGACCAGAUGGAUCGGUGCAUACAGUUGGAGGAGUACCUGAUCCUGCUACGCUGGUACCUCUAGAGAACCCUUUCCAUGACCUGCCCGAAAUGACUUACCCAAAUCCUGCUGCCUUGCCUUCCGCAUUUUUCUUAAACAAGCAUUCUGCAGAUGAAUUCCAUUUAAACAAACAUUUUGUCCGUCCUGCACAGUUCAGUGACUAUGGGCCCUUUACUACCCUUGGAACACAACCACCUGGAGCUUUUUAUACAGCCUUGGAUGCUUCCUACAUUUAUCCUAUUUUUGGUGAUGAUCGCGGAGAAGCCUAUUUGAAAAGUUUGUGGGAUUUUCUGUCUAGUGAAGAGGACGAUGAAGAGGAGGUUAAGCAUGAUAAGAAUGAAGCGUCAAACGCACAAACAGUCAAUAACUUGAAAGAGAUAAUUGAAGAAAAAUCAAAUUAUUUAACACGUGGUGCUUGGAAGGUUGUCCAACAAACGCUAGAAAGAAAGAAUGAUUACGUUGAACAGAACAAAAAGUUAUCAGAUAAAGAGAAUCAGAGCUUUGAUGCAAUCAAAACCGAAUUCGGCCUUGUGGAAGCAGCGAACAUCGUAGAUAAAAUACAAGCCAAGAUAGUAGCCCCAGCUAUAAAUAACGCUGCUGAAUCGGCUACUGCGAUAGUUCCUCCCCAUGUACCUACAGCACUACCUGUAGGCUCUGCAGAAGCUGCUACCACUGCUGUUACAGCUGACACUGUGAAUUCUAUUUAAUCACAUUAGCUAAUAUAUAUAUCAUUAAGUAUCACGAAAUAAAUGUAAGAAAUUUACAUAAAAGCAGAA